CAGGCUGUCCUUCUACUUCGUCCGAACGUCGCACUCUACUCCACAGACGCGCUCCCGAUCAACUGUUCGGCUUACCACCCUUCGCCCUCGACUCCCUCUUCCUCGUCCUCCCAUGGCCGCCCAGCCGCGCCUACGAAAGAGGCAGCACCUAUGCCCAGAACGUGCGAUUGCCUCACGCAGACGCUCUACUGCCAUGGCUGCGGCACUGGCGUCGGCUACAUGAUCGUUGUACCCUGCGCGCGCUGCACGCAAUCCAUCGGCGCUAACAACCGCGCGACGAAUGGCCACCGAUUCGUCUUUCACUCGUCCGAGAUCAGCGUGUGCGAGCGGCACUACAUCGCGGACGAGCCGGGCGUGCACCCAGCCUAUACGCCUCAGCCAGCGCAGAGCUCGCCGAACCCGUCCUUGGCGUCCAUGGCGACGUCGCCGAUGAUGCAUGCGCCUCCGAGCCCCGUGCAUAUGAUUGUACCGUCCCACCGCGAGCCGCGCCAUCGGUCGUCGCGCAGCCAUCCUCCUGUUCGCGCCCCGCAAGAUGGGGACGAAGAGGACGAAGAGGAAGACUACGAUGACAUGGUUCCGUCCGACGCGGAGGUGGAGCGCGUGGAGCGUUUGAUGGACGGCGACGUGCUGUAUUGGCACCAGCUCGUACGGAGCGGGGAGAUCCCCGGCGUGGUGGAAGACGAACGCGCGCGGAAGCCGAAGGUGGAGAACCGCAGGACGGCGAAAGCCUGGGUAGACCGGUGA